AUGUUUUCAGUCAUGAUUGUUCAGCAGUUUACUUUAUUGUUACUUACUCAAAUCUGUUUUGCCCAAGAACUCUAUGAAGAAUUCUUGGGUCAUGACAACAACCUUGAUCAACGAUUUGGAUUGGAAACGAAUAAUGAUAUAUAUUUUAAGAAAUAUUUAAAAUUAGAAGAGGAAAAUAAGAUUUUAUCGCGAAAAGAAAGAAAAGUCAUUUUCAAUAACAGUUCGUCAUCAACCAAAUCUAAUGUCAGUUUUCGAAAUGCUUCGCACGUCAAUAAUUCCUUAUCAAAUUCCAUACAGUCAUCUCCGUCGUCUUCAAUUGUAUCAGCGUCAUCAUCAUCAUCGUCGUCAUCGUCAUCAUCAACUUCAACCACAACUUCAAAAUCACCACCGAUUUCUAAAUCAACUCAAGCGUCACCAUUAGGGUCUUCAACUUCGUCAACAACAUCUACAACUUCUUCGCCCUCUUCUUCAAAAAAACCUCAGACAAAUAUUACAUCAUCUACUGCUCCAAUAGAACCAGUUCUACCAGACAAACAUGCACUUGAAGAUGAACAUAACAAUUCAAUGUCAAUUUUUUUUGUUUUGUGUGUUCUAGCUCUUGGGAUUUUAUUAAUUCAUUUAAUGCUUCAAACAAAUUUUCAGUACCUUCCAGAAAGUGUAGUUAUUGUUUUAUUAGGUGCUCUAAUAGGUCUGAUUCUUAAUCUAAUGUCAAAUCAAAAUAUUGCCAACUGGAAAAAAGAAGAAGCUUUUUCUCCCAAUGCUUUUUUUCUUAUCCUUUUGCCACCUAUAAUAUUCGAAUCUGGUUAUAAUUUACAUAAGGGAAAUUUUUUUCAAAACAUAGGUUCCAUUUUAGUUUUUGCCAUAUUUGGUACUGCAAUAUCAGCAUUUAUCAUAGGGGCUGGAAUAUAUUUACUUGGAUUGGCCAAAGUUGCUUAUAAACUUUCAUUCGUAGAGAGCUUUGCAUUCGGUUCAUUAAUAUCAGCUGUUGAUCCAGUUGCCACAGUCGCAAUUUUCCAUGCUCUCGAUGUUGAUCCAGUUCUCAACAUGUUAGUUUUCGGAGAAAGUAUAUUAAAUGAUGCCAUUGCUAUAGUUUUAACAUCAUCCAUAUUUGAAUCCAGCAAUCCAAACAUGUCAUCAUCUGAAGCCAUUUUAACUGGACUCAAUCGAUUUUGUCUCAUGUUCUUCGCUUCUGCAGCCAUAGGAGUUUCAUUUUCUCUUGUUAGCGCUUUACUGUUGAAACAUGUAAAUUUAAGAAAAAACCCAUCAUUGGAAUUUGGUAUUAUGUUGGUCUUUACAUAUGCUCCCUAUGCAUUAGCUGAAGGGAUUCGUCUCUCUGGAAUCAUGGCAAUAUUAUUUUGUGGUAUAGGAAUGUCUCAUUACACUCAUUUCAAUCUUUCGACAGUCACACAAAUUACAAUGCAACAAACUAUGAGAACCAUGGCUUUCAUUGCUGAAACUUGCGUCUUUGCUUAUUUGGGAUUAGCACUUUUCAGUUUUAAACACAGGGUCGAACCAGCUCUAGUCAUAUGGAGUAUUGUUUUAUGCCUUAUAGGAAGAGCUUGUAAUAUUUUUCCUUUGGCAUUUCUAGUCAAUAAAUUCAGAGAACAUCAGAUAACGAAAAAAAUGAUGUUUAUUAUGUGGUUUAGCGGUUUAAGAGGUGCCAUUUCAUAUGCUUUAUCUCUUCAUUUGGAAUUUAGCGAUGAAACACGUCACGUAAUCAUAACAACAACAUUGAUAAUAGUUUUGUUUACAACAUUAAUAUUUGGUGGAUCAACAAUGCCGUUAAUGAAGUUUUUACAAGCGGGAAGAAAAACUAAAAGCCGUAGAAAAAGAAAAGAAAAAGAAAUAUCAUUGAGUAAAACAAGAGAAUGGGGUCAAACAAUAGACUCUGAACAUUUAUCACAAACGGAAGAAGAAUUAGAAGUUAAUUUUUUUCAAUCAAGAAUAAAAGGCUUUGCAAAAUUAGAUUAUAAAUAUUUCAGACCUUUUUUCACGAGAAGAUUUACGCAACAGGAAUUGAAAGAUUGUAAAAGUCAAAUGACGGAUUUAACGAAUCAAUGGUAUCAAGCUAUAAGAGUUUCUCCAAACGAAUCAGACAACGAAGAAUUAACGUCCGUGGAUGUUAAAAACUCUCAUCAACACUAA